UCGAGCUUAUCUAUUAUUCAAAAGUAUUUUUUUUCACAAUAAAUUAGCGAACAAUGCUGCAAGCAAAAAGGAUCGCGACGCCAUGUUGUUCGGCAAACUCUGUUUCAGCUAUACACGUCGCAGGGUUGCACCAUUGAAAAACAUGCCCUGUAGCCGGCAGUGGUGUACGCAGAGCAAUGACGAACGUUACAGCCACCGAAAGAAAGAAAAAAAAAACAAGCGCAGAAAGCACAUCCAGACCUGAACUCAAGCAAAGGAACAGCCGCGGCGCCGUGACCACGAGUUCGCUUCGCACAACGCUGUGCGCUCGACGAUUCCAGAUGCCACGGCAAACACAGCUGCUGAACUGCACGCCCUCCUCGCUCCACUGAUCCAAAGCUGCGCUAGGCGCUCGCUCCAAGGUCCCCAUGGGAUCCUACCACCACUACACCUCCACCUCGCAAUUCGUCUUCGCCGCCGUCGAUUCCAACCCCAACCCCGAGCCCAGCCACAAACCCAGGACCACCGUCCAAAUCCCCAUCACAUCCCCUCCGCCUCCGGAGGGGGCUCGGGAGCGAUCGCCCGACGCGGUGGCGGCCGCCAAGAUCCAGGCGGCCUUGCGUGGGUACCUGGUCAGGCGGCACGUCACGGCCGUGCGCGCGGCCGACGCCGAGGCGACGAGGCUCGAGCGGCUGCUCCGGCGGCAGGAGACCGUGGACGCCGUCCGCCGCGACGAGCGCGAGCGGGCCCGGUUCUCGGAGGCGCUGAUGGCCGUGCUGCUCCGCCUAGAUGCCGUGCCGGGGCACUACCCCGCCGUGCGGGACGCGCGUCGCGCCGUCAGCCGCCGCGUGGUCGGCCUGCAGGAGGUGUUCGACGCUGUUGUCGCGGCACCCGACGCGCAGACGUGCGGGGUACCGGCGAGCCUGGAGCAGGUUCUGGAAGGGAUCUGGGGAGUCGGAGAGGCGCCUGUUCCGGUGCCGCCGCCGGCGGCAACGGCGGUGGAGGAGGAAGUGAGGAGGGCCGGGUCAUGCUGGGGAAGGUUUUUUGGUGGAGUGUAGCGAACAGUGUAGGGUCAUAGGGUGGCUACAGUCUAGUACGGUGCCGUACUCAUGUGUACAUGUAUUUUGUGGAUGUGUUGUAUACGCAUGUUGCAGUAAGCAGUGAUCUCUCGUCUCUGAACGUGAAAGGAAUACAUAAAACUGUAAACAUUUUUCAGUGA